GCGAAAUCUCGGCUCAGGGGCUCGAGCCCGACAGAGUCACCUUCAAUUCUGCAAUGGCUUCGUGUGUGCAAGCCGGUCUCUGGGAUCUGUGCUUGCUGGUGCUGACGAUGACACGGCCUCAGCUUCUCGAGUUCAGAUGCAGGACAGCGUUUCAGCGGACAUCAUCAGCUUCAACACCUCCAUCAAUGCAUGUGCCGGCGCUGGAAAUUGGCAAGUCGCAUUGUCCCUGCUGGAGAGGCUUCAAGCAUUCCGCCUGAGGCCAGACCUCUUCACCUACAGCUCUGCGCUACGUGCCUUCGAAGCCAAGGGCCUCUGGCAAUUGUCGCUCAGAUUACUCGCCAGCAUGCUGAAGGACUCUGUGGACCCUCAGCCUAUCUGCUACCGGAGCGUGAUCAGUGCCUGUGAGCAAAGCAGCAACUGGGAGGUGGCUCUGUGCCUCCUGGCUUUCCACGAGGCCGACGUGAUGGGUUACAGUGCAGCAAUCAGUGCCACUGCAAAGGCAGCUCACUGGCGCACAGCUCUCUUUAUACUCGGCGUCGGCAUGCCCACUGCGAAGGUGAACCCCAAUGUCGUCUCAUACAAUGCAGCGAUGAGUGCAUGCGAGAAAUGCUCGCAAUGGCAGCUCGCGCUGCACUUGUUGGGUCUGCUGCCUGCCGCGAGUCUCCAACCAACAGUGGUUUCCUUCAGCUCGGUGAGCAGCGCUUUCGAAAAGUCAGGAGAAUGGUCUCUCGCUCUGCAUCUUCUGAGCGAGAUGCCUGAGCAGGCGGCCCCGCCGAAUGUGAUAACCUACAGCAGCGUCAUCACUGCAUGCGCUGCUGCCAGCCAGUGGCAGCUCGCCCUUCUUGUGUUCAGCACAAUACGUUCGCAGAAUCUGGUUGUCGACGAAAUCAGCUGCAACUCAGCAAUCACUGCCUGUGAAAAGGCCGGGCACUGGACCCUUGCCCUGGCAUUGCUUCAUGGUAUGUCAGCCAUGGAGCUCGAGCGCAGCGUCGUGAGUUGGAGCUCUGCUGUCAGCGCCUGCGAGAAUGCGGAACAGUGGCAGGCAGCUUUUGCGCUGCUGGAUGGCAUGCUGCGUGCUGGGACUUGGCCGAACACACUGACGCUCAAUUCUGCCAUCAGCGCCUGUGAAAAGAGCUCUCUGUGGCAAAAGUCCCUGCAGCUCCUUCUUGAGAUGCACGAGAUGAGCCUUCAAGCGGAUGGAGUUUCUUUCAACGCGGCGGUCUUGGCCUGUUCCCGUUCACGCCAAUGGCAAGAAACGCUUUGGCUUUUUUCAGACAUGCAGGCCUCCAGAGUGGAGCCUGAAGCAUUGACAUUCAGUUACGUUCUCAUGAACUGCGAGCAGUUCGGCCUCGUGAGUCACGAGGUUGUGGUCCUUGCCAGCCUGCGAGAUGUGCAUGGCCGGCGCAUCGUUGCGCAAAGCUCACUCGAGGGGAAAAGCUUUGCCAGUCUGCGGAUGCCAGGCUCUGAUGUCUUUUUGACGUAG